AUGGCUAAAAAGAAGUCCAAGCAGACACAGACGCCCCCGCCGAAAGAGACGCCUUCCGGAGAGACGGGCAAGAAAGGCCCCAUAGAUGCUGCUACCCGUAAGGCUGGUCGAACUGCGGUGGCGCAAUCGUCGAGUUGGACAGGCAAGCUUCCGGGAUCAUUACUUCACGAGCACUGUCAGAAACAAAAGUGGCAGAAAGUCGAAUACGACAUGAAAAAGACCAAAGAUGGGUUUAUUGGCAUUGCCAAACUCGCGUGGAAAAAUCCGAAAACCCAGGAAACGAUAGAAGUUCGAAUGGUUCCAAGUCAAGUGAUUAAACCCCAGGAGACAGCUCUGGAAGCUCGACAUUACGCUGCCACCUAUGCUUUGCAUCGCAUUGCUUCCGACAAAAACAUUCAUAUGGUGUUACCGACUAAUCACAAGCAGCUGUGGGCAGACUUGGAAGCCGAACGGAAGAAUCUCGUCAAGCAAGACCCAGAAAAAGCCAAACGUGAAUACUGUUCAGAUCCCUUUAGCAUGAUUCUUGAGCAGCGCAAAAUACAAGAAAAACGACAAAAGGAGCAAGAAGCAAAGAAACAAGCAGAGCUGAAAAACAAGAAGCCAGUCAUUUCCAUUGGAGUUAGUAAACCUCAGCCGCAGGUUUCUAAAACGGAGAAAUAUGUUUCUGAACAGAUGCGGUUUCCUAGAAAAGUAUGGGAGAACACUGUUUUUAUUGAUUUAAAGCCAGAAGUCAGAGCCUUGGUUGAAGACUGUAUUCGACACCACAUCGAAUGGUCGGAAGAGCAGAUAGAGGGUGAAAAGUUCAAAGUCGAUGCUAGAGCAUUGGAAGCACUAGGGUUCAGGAAAUUGCAUGUUGAAGAAUCUUUGAAGUAUACGAGUACCUUUACCGACGCUUUGGAAUGGCUCAUAUUUCAUAUUCCUGAAGACGAUCUUCCGCCUCUUUUUGUGAAGGACAGCAAAGACUCGAACGUGGAGCUGACUAUUAGUAAAGACUUCAAAAAAGAGAAUAUUGUUAAGAGACUCAGAGAGGGAGGAUUUAGCGUGAACCAAAUAGAAACGGCCAUUAGCGCCUGUGGAUACGACGAGAUUUUUUUAGGGGUGUAUUUGACGUCGACGCUAAUUGACUUUGAGACCGACGCUCAGGAACCGGACUCUGCGGAAAUUUGGCAGGAGGAACUCGACGGACUUGUUGCAAUUUAUGGAGAAGACAAAAUCAAGCUGCCAAAGGAAAAUAUUGCCGAAAUAUCGCUGCGUCCAGAGGGCAUCGACGAAGGUUUACUUGCGCUAAAGGUGUACAAAAGCCCCAAUUAUCCCCAAACUUUCCCCGGCCUGCAUUUGGUGGUGAAAAACAGCUCCUACAAAUUAGCCAACUACAUCAAAAUUUCCAUCAUUACGGGACUCUUGUUCUACAUCGUGGAAAACAACGUUUUGGGCAUGCCGAUGAUCUUCAAUUGCAUCGAGUGGUUGGAACAAAACAUUCUUCAGAUCGUGGAAAAUCCGGGUCCUCUGGUGAAAACUACUGUCAAAAGAGAGCGCCAGGCAGUCGAAAGCACUUCGUCUUUCAAGACCGCCAAGCGACAGCGCGCAAAAACAUCCAGAGACCUGGAUCGUCUUUCCCUUGACUAUGCAACCAGAAUCCAAUUGUACGAGUAUAAAGAGAUGGUUGGAAAGCGUGCCAAGCUGCCUGCAUGGCACAAAAAAGAGCAACUUGUUUCUGUCAUUAAUAGCAACCGUAUCUGCCUCAUCACAGGUGAAACUGGCUCAGGAAAGUCCACGCAAAUUGUGCAAUUUAUCUUGGACGAGCUCAAUAGCCAAAACGACUUUUCCACCAACAUAAUUUGCACUCAGCCAAGAAGAAUUUCAACCAUUGGGCUCGCGGAUAGGGUAUCCGAGGAACGUGUUAGCACAUGUGGCAGCGAGGUCGGAUACAUAAUCAGGGGCGAAAAUAAAACAUCCAAAGAUACUCGAAUCACAUUUGUUACGACGGGAGUUCUCUUGAGAAUGAUCCAAGGAAUUGUCAAUAGCAAAGAUGCAAGCAAUACAAUCUUCGAAAACCUGGGCUACAUCUUUGUUGACGAGGUGCACGAGCGUUCUGUUGAUGGAGAUUUCCUUCUGAUCAUUCUGAAGAAAAUCCUCAAAAUGUACCCAAAACUCAAGGUGGUGCUGAUGUCUGCCACCAUUGACAUAUCCGUAUUUGACAAGUACUUUGAGUCUGGAGUUUCUCACGUCCACAUUGAAGGCAGGACGUUUCCUAUUCAGGAUUACUAUCUGGACGAUGUCCUCGAUGAUCUGCAGUUUACAGUGACAAUGAGGAACGGAGACGAAAUUCAGCCAAAGGCGGACUCUAAAUAUUUUGAGCUGGGAAAUAUUAAUUAUGACCUGAUUGCCGCGUUGGUGGAGAAAGUUGACGCCGAUUUGCGUGCACAGUCAAACAGUGGAUCUAUACUGAUAUUCUUGCCUGGAGUGAUGGAAAUCAGCAAAUGUUUGGCAAAAAUAAACGGUCCUUUCUGGACCCUGCCUUUGCACUCUGCCCUGAGCUCCAAAGACCAGAAACGGAUUUUCAGACCCCCUCCUCAAGGGAAAAGAAAGGUGGUGGCCUCCACAAACGUCGCAGAGACGUCGAUCACGAUCCCUGACGCUGUGGUGGUGAUUGACACUGGAAGAGUUAAAAGUGUCCAUUUUGACUCGGCUUCCAAUUCGACGAAACUAGUCGAGUCCUGGGCUUCGCAAGCAGAAUGUGGACAAAGACGAGGAAGAGCAGGACGUAUCCAGAACGGGUUCUGCUACAAGCUCUUCACCAAGGAAACAGAGACUAAGACUAUGCGCAAACACCCUAUUCCUGAAAUCAAGCGCACAAGAUUGGAGAAUUUGUACCUGGUGGUCAAGUCCAUGGGCAUUAAAAACGUUCAUGAAUUUUUGAAAAUGGGUCUGGACCCGCCAGACGUGGAAAAUGUUGAGAGCUCGAAACAGCUGCUGACAGAAAUGGGGGCGUUGCACAACGAUAACUUGACAAAGUUGGGAUCGUAUCUAUCAACAUUGCCAACAGACCUGAAGUCUGGAAAAUUGCUUCUCUUCGGCGUUCUGUUCAAGUGUCUGGAUAGUUGUCUCACUCUUGCGGCCAUUGGAGUCACAGGAAACCCGUUCAUGGUAAGAACGGAGAACCGUGACGAGGUGAAAAGAAUCCAGAACAAGUUCUCUAAGGGCUAUGGAGACUUUAUUGCUAUUCUGAACGCUUUCAACGAGUAUCAGAACUUGGAGCCUAAAUUUCAACGCCGCUGGUUGGAAGAUAACUAUCUGUCCUAUUUGACCAUGAACGAAAUUCAGUCGACAAGAACGCAAUACAUUUCUGCUUUACAAGAUCUUGGCUUCAUCCCCAUGGACUAUCCUAAAUCCAAAUCCUCGUCGAUUCUUAACAAAAAUUCGGCUAAUUAUCAGAUACUCAGCUCAUUGGUAUGCUCCUCGUCGUACCCCCAAAUUGCCAGAGUGCAAUAUCCGGAUCCCAAAUACAUGGCAAGUAUUGCUGGAUCGAUUUCUCUAGACCCCGACGCAAAGAGCAUCAAAUUCUGGAUCAGGAACGAAAAAUAUAUCAAGAACCAUGACGACCAGCUUCCUGCUACCAGAGCAUUUCUGCACCCCUCGUCAACGCUGUUUAAUGUCAAAAAUUCAGUUGGAUCGGGUGGAGAACCGCUUGUGGAGGACGAGAACGGCAAUGUUAUCUUCACACCUACAGAGUCCAAUAACUUGACGUCUCAUUUUGUCACUUACGGAGCAUCGCACACGACAACCAAGCUGUACAUCAAAGAUGUGACUCCUGUUUCGAUUCUAGCCGUUCUGCUAUUUGGCGGCUCCAUAUCGUACGAUCUGAGUACCGUCGCAUCCGGCAAGCCUUCCCCAGGUAUCGUGAUGGGACAAUGGCUGCCUAUAAGAACAUGGUGCAAAAACGCUGUCUUAAUCACAAAAUUGAGACACCUGCUCGACGAGGCGCUAAAUGAACGGUUCCUGCAACCGCAUUAUGACCAAAUUAAUGAGUUCAGCGACGAGGUGUUGAGAACUGUGGAAAAAAUCAUCGCAAUGGAACUGAAAUGA